AUGAAGUUCAGAGGCGCGUCCCUGUGCUCUGACCACUAUUAUAUCUUGAGAAGGAACAGAAAGGAACUACCUGACAACGGAGCAGGGACUAACGGUAUUCGGCUGACCAUGGAGAGCGCUCUGACGGCCCGUGACCGUGUGGGGGUGCAGGAUUUUGUCCUGCUUGAGAACUUCACCAGUGAAGCAGCAUUUAUUGAAAAUCUGCGUAAGCGCUUCAAGGAGAAUCUGAUCUAUACAUACAUUGGCUCAGUUCUGGUGUCUGUUAAUCCGUACAAGGAACUGGAAAUCUACAGCAAGCAGAACAUGGAGCGAUACCGUGGUGUCAGCUUCUAUGAAGUUUCUCCUCACCUCUACGCUAUUGCAGACAAUUCAUACCGCUCCCUGCGCACGGAGAGGAAGGAUCAGUGUAUUCUGAUCUCUGGGGAGAGUGGAGCUGGCAAAACGGAGGCCACCAAGAAGAUCCUGCAGUACUACGCCGUGACCUGUCCAGCCAGCCAGCAGGUUGAAACUGUGAAGGAUCGCCUGUUACAAUCCAAUCCCGUCCUGGAGGCCUUUGGAAAUGCAAAAACCCUUCGGAAUGACAACUCCAGCCGAUUUGGGAAAUACAUGGAUGUGCAGUUUGAUUACAGGGGGGCUCCUGUUGGGGGCCACAUCUUGAACUACCUCCUGGAGAAAUCCCGAGUUGUGCACCAGAAUCAUGGAGAGAGGAAUUUCCACAUUUUCUACCAGCUGCUAGAAGGAGGCGAAGAGGACUUACUGCGAAGGCUGGGCCUCGAGAAGAGCCCACAACAGUAUCAGUAUUUAGUAAAGGGUCACUGUGCAAGGGUCAGUUCCAUAAAUGAUAAAAACGAUUGGAAGAUUGUGCGAAGAGCCCUGUCCAUUAUAAGCUUCAAUGACAACGAGGUGGAGGAUUUGCUGAGCAUUGUGGCUAGCGUUCUGCAUCUGGGGAACGUGCAGUUUGCUGCUGAUGAGCAAGGAAAUGCUCAGGUCACUACAGAGAAUCAGAUUAAAUACCUGGCUAGGCUUCUAGCAGUUGAGGGCUCUGUUCUUCGAGAUGCAUUGAUCCACAAGAAGAUCAUAGCAAAAGGGGAAGAGCUCGUCAGUCCUCUGAACCUGGAGCAGGCAGCCUAUGCAAGGGAUGCGCUUGCUAAGGCAAUAUACGGACGCACUUUCUCCUGGCUGGUGAACAAGGUUAACAAGUCUCUUGCUUACAAGGAAGGAGAGUUUCCAGGCUGGAGAAGUACAACAGUUUUAGGAUUACUUGAUAUCUAUGGAUUUGAGGUUUUUCAGCACAACAGCUUUGAACAAUUUUGUAUAAAUUAUUGUAAUGAAAAAUUGCAGCAGCUCUUCAUAGAGCUCACAUUGAAGUCAGAACAAGAGGAAUACGAGUCAGAAGGCAUAGCGUGGGAACCAGUUCAGUAUUUCAAUAACAAAAUAAUUUGUGAUUUGGUGGAAGAGAAAUUUAAAGGCAUCAUUUCUAUUUUGGAUGAAGAGUGUCUGAGACCUGGGGAUGCCACAGAUACAACAUUCUUGGAGAAGCUGGAGGAAACUGUAAAGAACCACCCUCACUUUCUCACGCACAAGCUCGCUGACCAAAAGACUCGCAAAUCACUGGGACGGGAGGAGUUUCGGCUUUUGCACUAUGCUGGAGAGGUCACCUACAGUGUUGCAGGUUUUCUAGAUAAAAACAAUGACCUUCUCUUUCGGAACCUAAAGGAGACCAUGUGCAACUCUGAGAAUCCAAUCAUAAAUCAGUGUUUUGACAGGACGGAGCUGACGGACAAAAAAAGACCUGAAACGGCAGCAACUCAGUUUAAAAACAGCCUCUCCAAACUCAUGGAAAUUCUGAUGUCAAAAGAACCCUCCUACAUUCGUUGCAUUAAACCUAACGAUGCUAAACAGGCUGAUCGAUUUGAUGAAGUUCUAAUCCGACAUCAAGUGAAAUACCUAGGGUUGAUGGAGAACCUCCGAGUGCGCAGAGCCGGGUUUGCGUAUCGAAGAAAAUACGAAGUUUUCCUGCAGAGGUACAAAUCACUUUGUCCAGAAACGUGGCCUACGUGGGACGGCCGGCCCCACGAUGGGGUGGCUGUGCUGGUGAAGCAUCUUGGCUACAAACAGGAAGAAUACAAAAUGGGACGAACAAAGAUUUUUAUCCGCUUUCCCAAGACCUUGUUUGCAACGGAAGAUGCUCUGGAAGUGAGAAAGCAGAGUCUGGCAACAAAAAUGCAGGCCACAUGGAGGGGUUUCUACCGUCGAAAGAAAUUCCUGCACAUGAAACACUCAGCAAUAGCCAUCCAGUCCUGGUGGCGGGGAACCCUGGGACGCCGAAAAGCUGCCAAGAAGAAGUGGGCAGUAGAGACCAUCAGAAGGUUCAUUAAAGGUUUUAUUUACCGGAACCACCCUCGCUGCCCGGAGAAUGAGUAUUUCCUUGAUUACAUCCGCUUCUCCUUCCUGAUGAACCUCAAGCGUAAUUUACCAAAAACUGUUUUGGACAAGUCAUGGCCAACUCCUCCUCCAUCACUCUGUGAGGCAUCCCAGCUCCUGCGACAGCUGUGUAUGCAGAACAUGGUCUGGACCUACUGCAAGAGAAUCAGCCCGGAGUGGAAGCAGCAGUUGGAACAAAAAGUAAUUGCCAGUGAAAUUUUUAAGGGUAAAAAAGACAAUUACCCUCAGAGUGUUCCUAGACUCUUCAUCAACACUCGACUUGGUAAUGAAGAGAUAAAUGCUAAAGUCCUUCAGGCUUUAGAAAAUGAAGCCAUUAAGUAUGCAGUUCCUGUGAUCAAGUAUGACCGGAAAGGCUACAAAGCAAGAGCACGGCAGCUGCUUCUUACCCAAAAUGCAGUCGUCAUAGUUGAAGAAUCCAAAAUCAAACAACGGAUUGACUAUGCCAAUCUGACAGGCAUCUCCGUCAGCAGCCUGAGCGAUAACUUGUUUGUGCUGCAUGUGCACUGCGAGGACAACAAACAGAAGGGAGAUGUUGUACUUCAGAGUGACCAUGUGAUCGAGACACUAACAAAAACAGCCAUGCAGGCAGACAAAGUCAAUAAUGUCAACAUCAACCAGGGCAGCAUAAAAUUUACAGUUGGGCAAGGCAAAGAAGGAAUAAUUGACUUUAUAUCAGGAUCAGAACUGCUUAUAGCCAAAGCCAAGAACGGCCAUCUAACAGUGGUUGCUCCUCGUUUGAAUUCCCGAUGAUAAAGCGUGCCACCGUGGGACCUUUUCCUCCAUCAGCCUGACUGCACCCUAUAGAAUUGGCCAGACAUCAUUCCCAGCAACCUCCCCCUCCUUCCUCGCUUUGCUCAUUUUAUUGUUACCAAAGACCUGCACGUUCAGAAAAAACCACAAAAUACAUCUUGCUUUGUUGUCUUAACAUGAAAUUCCCAAAAGAAAGGCCUUCUCUUCCUUACCUUAGUGGCAAACGCAUGGGUCCAACGCACUGCCUGUGAAACCACGGCUUGUGAAACAUUCAGCUGGGCUUUGAGGGAGAGGUAGCUCUGACUCUAGGAGAGUUUAAGCCCUGAUGGAAACGACCAAAAUUUGUGCUUGUCAUCAUCAAAAAGCACAACCAGAAAACAAAUAACUCUGCUGCUUUGUCAGCCAAAUCAAUGAAAUGCCAAACUUUAUAUUCAGAGAGAAUGUUUUAUGAAGAAUUUUGCUCUGAGAUGUUUUGAUGCUUUGUGUUACGAUAUUUUAAAGCCAUAUUGUGUAAAUGAGU